AUGUCUGUCUCCUUUCGUUUUUCUGUUUCCUUUCCUAAUUUUAUUUGCUUUCUUAUUUCUGUUUAUUUACUAAUUUCUGUUUACUUCCCUAAAUCUGUUUUUUUUCUUCAUAUUUCCGUUUCCUUAUCUAUUUUUGUUUGCUUUCUUGUUUCGUUUCCUAUUUCUGUCUCCUUUCUUAUUUCUGUUUCCUUCCCUAUUUCUGUUUCAUUUCUUAUUUCUGUUUCCUUUCCUAUUUCUGUUUACUUCCUAUUUCUGUUUCCUUUCCUAUUUCUGUCUACUUUCUUAUUUCUGUUUCCUUUCCUAUUUCUGUUUCAUUUCUUAUUUCUGUUUCCUAUUUCUGUCUUCUUUCUUAUUUCUGUUUGCAUUCUUAUUUUUGUUUGCUUUUUAAUUUCUGUUUCAUUUCCUAAUUCUAUUUCAUUUCUUACUUCUGUUUUAUUUCCUAAUUCUGUUUUUUUCCUUAUUUCUGUUUCCUUUCCUAUUUCUGCUUCCUUUCGUAUUUCUGUUUCCUUUCCUACUUCUAUCUCAUUUCUUAUUUCUGUUUCUUUCUUACUUAUGUUUCCUUUCCCUUUUUUUAGUUUGCUGUCUCGUUUUUAUUUCCUUUCCUAUUUCUGUUUACUUCCUAUUUCUGUUUCCUUUCCUAUUUCUGCUUCCUUUUUUAUUUAUGUUUCCUUUCUUAUUUCUAUUUCAUUUCCUAUUUCUGUUUCCUUUCUUAUUUCUGUUUACUUUGCUAUUUCUAUUUCCUUUCCUAUUUCUAUUUCCUUUCUCAUUUCUGUUUCCUUUCUCAUUUCUGUUUCCUUUCCUAAAUGUGUUUGCUUUCUUAUUUUUGUCUACUUCACUAAUUUCUGUUUAUAUUUCUAA